AUGCUACCACUCUUCAGAGAAUCUGUUCACUGCACAUAUCAAAGACUGAAGAACCAGAUAAAGAUUCUUAUCAACUUGAAGAAGGAUCAAGAUUCUCUGAACGAAUAUGCAAGGUUGAUAUCAUUGAAGAUCAGAAAAGGUUGCUGCACAGGAAAAACUGACAGUUCUGUAGAGAGUGGUGAGGGUAGUGGCGUUGGUGGAGAAGCACAUGUUGAGGGUGGUGAUGAAGGAAUUAGACACGUAGUGGAGGGUGCAGUGGAGGUUGAGAAUGACUAUGCAAUAGAUGUUGACAAUGAGGACGCACGGGAUGAUGAGAAUGAUGAUGCAUUGGAGGUUGAGAAGGAGGAUUUAGUGGAUAAUGAGGAUGUUGAGCAUGAGGAUGCCUUGGAGGUUGAGAAUGAGGAUGAAGUUGAAGAUGAUGCCUUGGAGGUUGAGAAUGAGGAUGAAGUUGAGNAUGUAAGUGAAGAAGCAUUGGAAGUGGAUAAUGAGGAUGAAAUUGAGGUUCAGAGUGAAGAAUUAGUUGACGUGGACAUUCAGGAUGGAGGGGAGGUUGAUAUUGAAGAAGAAGUGGAAGUGGAAGUGGAUGUGGAUAGUGACGAUGAAGCAGGAAUGGAUGAUCUCAGUGUAGGGGUUUGUCAGAUGAUGAUUGGGAGUCUGAUAAGCUUUUAA